GAGCACAACGCCACUGUCCUUGAAACCAUUCUAAGGACAGUACAGGAACUCCACACGGAGAGUCUAAAGAGCAACAGACGGAUGUCGUGCCUGGAGAUGACAGUGAAAAGUCUGGUGGACAGGGCCUCUCCAAGCCCUGGAAGCCCCACGGCCGCCCAGACCCCCGGUACCUCUGAGUUGUCGGCCAAGGAGGAAAUCCUAACAGAAAUUCUUCACACCUCCCAUGAUUUAAAGUCUAAAUUGGAUAAGGGGUUUGGUGACCUUCUUUUCCAGCAACGUACACACCACCGUGACGUCACUGCUUCCCUUCAAAACACCAAGGCUUUGGUGACGUCACAACCUGGUAAAACGACACACGAUGUCUCCGCUGAAAUAGACAACCUGUCGAAAAAAAUCAACCAAAAUAGCGCAAAGAUCCAAGACUUUAGUUCAACAAUCGCCCGUCUCAUAAAUAUAACCACUUUCUCCAAUACAAAAACAAAACAAGAAUUAGAUAGGCUAUGCAAAUCUGUGAAUGACACACAGGCACGACUGAAGGAGCUUCGCGACACAUCCAGGAAACAAGUAGACUCACUGGGGAGCAUACGGCAGGAUUUUGACACGAAGGGGCGGGUUUUGAAACUGCUGAGGGCAGACAGUAGAUGGGUGAUUGACCAGCUUAUCGCCGAAGGACAGUUAAUCCGAGAGGUGGUACUGAAAAAAAGACACGCGCUCAAAACGUACUCGUGUGACUUCUUCAUCACAAACUUUAAGACUUGGGUGGGAAUGGGGCAACAUCUCUUCAGCCGGCUCUGGUAUAUAGACCAGGCCCAGACCUAUGUGAAGGGUUGCGUGAUGUUUAGUGAUGACAAGACAAUGAGCGUGUAUCUGGUUCAUGGACGGUACCCACGCACUGUGGGUGUGGCGGGCCGGACUGGGUCAGACGUUAGGGUAAGUGUGGCCGCGGUGAGAGAGAUAGGGACAGGGGACAACUGGGAGCUGGGGAGUGGGGUGAUGAGUACUGAUGAGACGAAGAUCGGCACUCAGAACGACGGCUGGAUAAGUGUCAGUGGAUGUCUUGUGAACAAGUCCCUGGCUUGUGAUGAGCUGUUCAAACGCGGGUUUGUGACUUGGGACAAAGUUCUUCUCCGUUAUACCAUCACGGUACAGUAGUGGGUGAUAGAAGAAGUAAGUGUCGGGGGAGAGGAGAUGUAGACAGACAGACAGACAGACAGACAGACAGACUCUUAGAUUGUAAUACACGAGCAGGCCGACAAACCUGUCUGUCUCUCCGUCAGGCAGGAGAGUUACCAGUCGACCACCACAUGACCAUAGUUUUAGUGUAUCAUUCAGUCAGUCAGUUAAGCAAAAGCUCCAACGCUAACUUCACCUUUCUCAGGAGCUGAGUCAGUCUUUCUGUGGGCUCAUCUGUCAGUCACUUAGACAAUCACUCCCUCACCUAGCAGACAGUUGUCAACACGUAACCAAGCAACCAUGUAAUCUAUCACACACACACACACAAACACACACACACACACGCACA